CUACAAUACAACACACGACAGCCAGGAGAAUUCUGAAUUUUUACACUUGAAUCAAAAUCAAUUGCAUCAGUCUUCGGUGAACGUUGGCUACAGUAACAUUGCUUAUAAUCCCGACUCUACGCGAAGUGGUGAAAGUGAAGAAGGACGGAGUUCUGAAAAAGAUAAACGUAGUGCAAGUACAUCCAGUCAUAGCCAGCACCACAGUCAGCAUCAGCAACGAGGUGGUGGUGGAUCAUCGAAUGGUACAGAAAAUAGACAUGCUAGAAAUAAAUCAUCAUCAGUGAAUAACUGUUAUUUAAGUGGAAAUUCAAACAGUCAUCAGCAACAGCAGCAGACGCAAUAUCAGCAACAGAAACCGCUCUCAAUUAGUGCGAAUAAUUUCAGUCCUGCCUCAAAUAGUUUUAGUGAUAAUAGUAAAAGUUUAUAUAAGACGUCAUCGCAUAAUAUAAAUACAGGAGGAAAUUGUGAUAAAAAUUAUCAGCAGCAACAGCAACAACAUCAGCAGUUAUAUGCAAAUAGCAGUAAAAAUGGAAAUUCAGCAUCAUAUUUGAGUCAAUCAACGCCAUCAACGCAUUUUGACUUUGAUCAUAUGUUUAAUGAUCCGAAUGAUUUACAAAAUUCAAGUGGUAAUAAUAAUUUAAAUAAAAAUCAAAGCUAUAAUACAACAGCUAGCGGGAGUAGCAGAUCAUCGCGUAGCUAUCAAACAAAUCAGCCAGUCAAUAGUGAUCAGUUUCAAGGCUCAUUUCAAUCAUUACAUGGCGGCGAUUAUUUAUUACCAAAUUAUCAAAAUGGCUCAUCAAUUCAAUUGCAAUCAGCAGCACAUUCAUCACCAUCAUCGGCCGUGCAUCAAUAUCAGCAACAGCAGCAGCAGCAACAGCAUUAUAGACAGCAACUAAAUUCAGUAACCUCAAGCGAUUCGAUAAGUGGUAAUAGUGUCGUUGCCGGUGGAAGCGGUAAUACGCGAUCGCGUGUGAAUAGUGACUCAACUAGCAAAUAUAAUACAAAUAGUUCAAAUAGUGCAAAAAGUAGUAAUGGUAAAAAUUAUAGUAAUAAUAAUAAUAAUAAUAAUAAUCCUCCAUUAAGUAGCGAGAAAAAAUGUGCAAAUGCAAAUGGUGCUAAUCAAAAUAGUAGUUCAGUGAAUUCUAAUCGAAAUGUAAGCAAUAAUCUUAAUAGUGUAAAUCAAAAUUCAGUUAGUAAUAAUAAUUUGUCAUAUAAUAAUAAUAACUACAAUAAUAAUUCAAACAAUUCGACUAACAAUAAUAAUCAUUUACGACAAAGACAUAUUAUUGAAUUGAAUCGUCAAGUAUCGGAAUUGAAUAAUAAAAAUAUUGAGUUUAAUCGACAAUUAAGUGCGCCAACUGAAAAUCAAAACAGCUGUAAUUCAGUGUAUAAUCUCUAUUCAAAUCAUAUUCUGAAUAACCAAUAUCACAGUGGUUCACCUAAUACAAAUAGUUUAAAUCGCACAAAAAAGAAACGUAGUUUUAAAUUGAAUGGACGAUUAUUUAGCGCCGCUAGUUCCGACUCGAUACGAUUUCAUUCAAAUUUAUUAAGUCAUGACAAUGAUUUAAGAGUGUCAAUUGACAAUACGUGUACGGACUCAUUAGUGACAGCGUUGGAUGAUGAAGCACUCUUAAUCAACGACUACAUGAACGACAUGUCAAAAUCAAAGGUUCAUUUUGACGACGUGUCCCUUUAUGGGACACCGAAGGAGGAGCCAUUACCAAGCAUACCUGUAAUGGCUGAAAAGACAUCAUCAAAUUUUCUAAAAAAUCAAUUGCAAGCAUGGUUCCAGCCGACGGACAAUCGACUUGCUAUGAAAUUAUUUGGCAGCAAAAAAGCCCUAGUAAAAGAACGAAUACGACAAAAAACUGCUGGACAUUGGGUAAUUCAUCCAUGUAGUUCCUUUCGCUUUUAUUGGGAUUUGUGUAUGCUGUUGCUGCUUGUAGCUAAUUUAAUUAUUCUACCCGUUGCCAUAUCGUUUUUCAAUGAUGAUCUUAGUACGAGGUGGAUUGCCUUCAACUGUUUAAGUGAUACUAUCUUUUUGGUUGACAUCGUAGUAAAUUUUCGCACAGGUAUCAUGCAGCAAGAUAAUGCAGAACAAGUGAUAUUAGAUCCAAAACUAAUAGCCAAACAUUAUCUAAAAACGUGGUUUUUUCUUGAUUUAAUCUCAUCGAUUCCGUUGGAUUAUAUUUUUUUAAUAUUCAAUCAAGUAAGUACCUAA